CAUCUUCCUCCUGCAGAUCAAUCCAGCAGCUCAGCAACAUGGGUCCCAGACCACGAACAGCAAGAGGGAGCCCGCACAGGCUGUGAAAUGGGACAGGUGACAAAGCUACCCACUCAUUCUGGUUUGUGGCUCGUGUUGGCCCCAGCUAUGUCUGUUUUGCUUCAUGCAUAUUUCAGCUCACAAAGAUGCAAGCAUUAAACCCAAGCCCUCUACUGUGCACCUGAUCUUUAUCUUCGGAAAAAGGAAAUUAACGGGACUUUGAGACACACAAUCGGCAGGUUUACCCAUUGUAAACGCUUUCUUUGAGAAAGCAAAAUAAACCAGGCACUCGUCAGAGCCUUGAGCAGUGAGCACCGAGCUGGAGCCAUGAGGACUGUGGCACUCUGUGUGCUUGUUUCUAGUGUGAUACAGAACUGCUGCUUGAGGAGCAGCCAGUGCAGUGCAGAACUGGGUGGCGAAGUGAACACCUGGGAUGAGGGAGUGCGAAAUACCCCAGCCUCUGUCACCAGCCUCCUGCAGCUCAGACGGGCCGAUGCCAGAGGAGAGGGGCUCUCUGCUAAGAUCCCUCUGGUAAAAGCAAGUGAGGCAGCUCACAUGAGGGGAACCAGCUCCUCACCACAUCCUGGCCCCAGCCCAGAUUCAGGAGCCUCCUUUAGUUCCUCCGCCACGGGGAGGGCCCUGCCUGCAGGAGAAAUUUCUGCCCUGGCGUUGCCCUUGGAACAGGAAGGUGAAGGAAUUGGCACUGCAGCCCCAGCAGGGAGUUAUCCUGGAGUUAUCGAGCAUCCCUCAGGGAUCUGGAGCAAGGAAAUCCCCGCUCGCAACAGGAGCAAAGCGUAUUCUCUGCCUGCUGGGAACACUACAGGGAUGGUCCGAUUGUCCACUCAAAGGAAACAGGACAGUGCCACCCGGCCUCCAGUCACGACAGCAAGGCAGAAAUCUCCACCUGCUUCCAACUGGCUCCCUGUCCUGGAGAAACAUGACAUCCCGGUGGUUGUGGGAGUCUCCGUGUCUCUGGCUUUGAUAUUCAUUUCCAUGGGGGUGUAUUCGUUCCGCCAGAAAGUAGAGCACGCCAAAGGCAAUAGUAUCUCAUCUCAAAAAUCCUCUAACUCUAGGAGAAGGAGAAAUUACUUGGAAGCAGUCGAGGCGUAUGAGAACAGGGCUUUCGAAGUUGAAUGCACUGUCGACGCUGUUGAGCAGAAUCCAUACGACACCACCAUUUCCCCCAGCCUGCUGCACUCCAACCCCACGCUCCCUGCAGAGGCGGCUGGGCAUCGAGAGGAACCCCUGGGUGUUGCUGCUGGCGAGGCUCUGCAGACAGCACAGGCCAGGGCAGUGGACUCCCCAGUGUCCCUGCAGCGUGAGUCUGCUCAUCAGGAGAAACACCCAAGCCCUGUGCCCACGCAGUUGAAGAGUGCUGGGCCCAAGGAGCCUGCUGCCAGGGCUCCUGGCAUCUGCUCUGCAACCUCUCUGGCUCUUCAGCACAUUGGCACCACGUUGUAUUUCCACGGGCCUGAGCCGCUGCUCCAGAGCAUCGUACCGCUCAGGAGGAACACCAGUGGGAAUCAUGGCCAAGUUACCGCAGCCCCUGUGGUGGGGAUGAUGGAGCAUUCCCCUCCCGGAGAUCAGUCCAGUGCUGAAAUAGCCAUGAUGUCUGUUACUGUGGAAAUACACCUGUAUCCUUGCAACACAGAGAUGUCCUCACCCUCAGCAGCCACGCAGAAUGUGUCCGAUUCAUCUCAUCCAGAGGCAGCCGGGGCAGCAUCCCAGCAGCCAGCUUCACUGGUUGGCCCUGGGCCCAGGAGUUUUUUGUGACUGGAUUAAAACUGACCCGUGAAGUCUUGAAAAGGACAAAAUAACUCUUCUCUGGCAGAGGGAGGCCAGGAGCAGACAUGUGCCCUGAUGAUGGGUGCUCUGAAGUGGGUCAGACUAUUCUACUAUGUAUAUGGAUGUUUGUUCUUAUCAUGGCUUCUGUUUCUUUGGUCCUCCUCUUCUGCUCCUGUCUCUAGCUUUUUGAGUCACUGUCCUCUGUGCUACAUCAGCCACAGAACCCCCAGCUGCAGAAUGUUGAGCCAGAAAUAGCAAGAAGUCGCUCCAAGCCAUCGAAUCCCUUGGCACUGUGUGCCGGUAGAGUCACAAUUAGGGCUUGGGACAUUCUUGGCUUGGAGAAUGAAUUGAGGACAGUUACAAGACCAUUGUUUUACUGUGCAGAUUGCAAAGCCCUGUGUCCUGGGAGCAUCCAGGGAAGGACACAGCGAGAUCAUAGGCAAACACUGCAGCGCCAUGUGACUGAAGCAGAACAAAGGCUGUUAUGAUGAAACGGAAGAAGUGCACUGAACCCUACAGGAAGCAUUCCGUGUGUCUGGCAUGGAGAUGUGUGAAAUUGUGGCUGAUUCUGUGAUGUGGACACAGAACCCUGCUGAGGGAGAUUAACAUAGGGAUAGAUGUUAUGCUAGGGAGACGCUGUGUGAGAAUGUAAGCGCUGUGUUGUCAGCAUCUGGAGCUUUAAAAUAAACCUAUGGUAACAUGGAUGAAAUGU